AUGGACAUCGAUGUUUCUGCCUUGAAAAGCGCUCCUAAAUGGAGUGAAGAUAAUGAAAAGAUCAUCCGUGAGCCAUUCGAUUACCUAAAAAGCCUGAAUGGGAAAGAGUUCCGCACCGCCCUCAUUGAUUCAUUCAACCAGAUCCUAAAAGUUCCUUCGGCCGAUUUGCAAACCAUCACUCAGAUCAUUGGAAUCUUACAUAACGCCUCAUUACUAGUUGACGAUGUGGAGGAUGGAUCAAAGUUAAGAAGGGGCAACCCGGUGGCCCAUGAGAUAUUUGGGGUGGCGAUGACGAUAAAUACUGCCAACUACAUGUAUUUCAAGGCUUUCCAAAAAGCGCUUGAGUUGGGGUCCGAGGCGGUGGAGAUCUUGAACGAAGAGUUUUUGAAUCUUCACCGAGGCCAAGCGCUAGAUCUAUAUUGGAGAGAAUCUUUGAUUUGUCCAACCGAGGAAGAAUACGUCGACAUGGUGAUGAAUAAGACUGGGGGGUUGUUCAGGUUGUCAAUCCGGUUGAUGGAACAAAAAUCACACUUGACCUCAAUACAAAAAUCAUUUGUGCCAUUAGUGAAUCUCCUUGGUAUAUCGUACCAAAUUAAAGAUGACUAUAUAAAUUUAUCCAAUACCCAAUACUUCACCAAUAAAGGAUACUGCGAAGAUUUGAAAGAAGGGAAGUUUAGCUUCCCAAUCAUUCACGCCAUCAGGUACGAUCAAAGUAAUAAGGAGGUCAUUAGCAUUUUAAGCAAACGGACCGACGAUGUCGAGUUGAAAAACCAUGUGGUAACCUAUAUGAAAACGGUAUCAAAGAGUUUUGAAUACUGUGAAGCGACUUUACAGAAAUUGGAAGCCAAUGCAAUUCUAUUAAUGAAUGAAAUUGUUAAUGAGAAUCCUGAUUUCAAAGAAGACACAAAGUCUAUUGAGUUAUUGAAAGUUAUCAUAAAAAAGAUUUGCGCUCUUUGA